AAUAAGGGUCUCCACACCCGGCAGUCGCCGGUCACUCACGGCUGUGCAACUUAAGUGGAUCUGAGCCUUUGAGUUUCUGAAGACCCGCAGAAGCAGCCAGAACUCCCAGAACGGCUUGUUCCGGUUAGACAGGUUGACCUUGACCGCUCCUCUUUGCGCUCUGCAACCCCUAGUCGAAACAUAUGAUGUCGUGGGCUGCUGUCAGUCUGACAAGGACAGCUGCCCGAUGCGUUCGUGAGCGAUGCCUCGGGUUCCGCGUGGGUCCUUGGUGCGCCUUCCAGCAGGAAACCCCCGGCUGCGGUCCAGCUCCACACAGGACGCUACGUGUCAGCGCGGCGGUCUCCGCCGGACACAAUAAAUGGUCUAAAGUCCGGCACAUCAAGGGCCCCAAGGACAUGGAAAGGAGUCGAAUCUUCUCUAAACUCGCUCUCAGUAUCCGCCUGGCUGUUAAAGAGGGAGGCCCCAACCCUGAGAACAACAGCCACCUGGCCAACAUCUUAGAGGUGUGUCGAAGCAAGCAUAUGCCCAAGUCAACCAUUGAAUCAGCACUGAAAACAGAGAAAAACAAGGGCAUUCAUUUGCUGUACGAGUGUCGAGGUCCUGGUGGCUCUUCUCUGCUGAUUGAGGCAUUAUCAAACAGUGGUCCCAAGUGCCAUUUGGACAUUAAAUAUAUCCUGAACAAGAAUGGGGGAGUGAUGGCCGAGGGAGCGCGCCAUUUCUUUGACAAGAAAGGAGUGGUUGUGGUUGGAGUGGAGGACAGAGAGAAGAAAGCUGUGAACCUGGAGCGCGCCCUGGAGCUGGCAAUCGAAGCAGGAGCUGAGGAUGUGAAGGAAGCUGAGGACGAAGAAGAAAAGAACCUUUUUAAAUUUAUUUGUGAUGCCUCUUCAUUGCAUGAAGUGAGAAAGAAAUUGGACUCCCUGGGCCUGUGUUCUGUGUCCUGUUCCCUGGAAUUCAUCCCCAACCUAAAGGUGCAGCUGGCUGAGCCUGACCUGGAGCAGGCUGUUCACCUCAUCCAGGCUCUCAGCAACUAUGAGGACGUGAUUCAUGUUUAUGACAAUAUCGAAUAACCAGACUAUGCAUGUCUCCAGGCUCUUUGCUAGGUUGCAUGAGCCUAUGCAGAAAAUUGGAGGCUGCAACACAUGGGCACCUAUCAGAGACCUGAUACUAUAGCUUACAGCCCUAAGAGAAAAGAACUCUUAGCUCUGUUGGUGUCACAGGGCCCAUCUGGGAUACAAGGUGAGACUAGCCAACUGGUCUGACUCUCAUCUCAGGUGACUGGCCCUUGUCAAGAUUUUAAGUGUCUUGUGGUACUAUAGAGUGGGAAGUGAUUAUCAGUAAUAACAGCUGUGAUUGGUUAUUCUUGGAUGCUGCAUUGCUGGUAUGACUCUUGAGUUGUCCCCAGUUUGUGUCUAGGUUUUGAGUUUCUGGACUAAUGUUCAGGCCCAUAUGCUUAUUUCUAUACUUUAAUAUUAAGAUUGUCUUUUUGUUUGCUUUGCUUUGCUUUUUGCAAUAGAAAUGUGACUGUUCUGUGUGGCUGAAUGCUGACCUAAUGACCUCACCUUUUUACUCGCUCAUGCAGCUAGUAUUUCUUGAACAUUGUUCUUUACAAGAAUUGUGCUUUUCCAGAGAUCAGGCUGUUCAAGUGAUGCUUAGAUCUUACUCUGAGAUGUCGAACCUCAAAGGAAAGACACUCCAUGGGCUGUACCCAUGGAGCUGUCCCAGGGGAGUGUGGAUUAUGUUCAUCUUUUUUUCUUCAUGUGGUUUCUGUUCCCUUUUCUGGCUGAUUAUGACUUUAGUGCCAUAGGAAGUCAGGUGUCAGGGAAGGGGCCUCCUCAGGACCUACUUUGACCGACCCCUGUGUGCUCUGAUAUUGAUAACAAUGGAGCUAUCAGCAGAUGGGGUUGUUCUCCUGAAAGGCUUGUACUAACCUCGGUUUGAAAGCUUGAGGACCUCAGAAGGCCAUUUUUAGCUCUUUCCAGUGGUGCCAGACAAUAGGAGCAGCAAUAACCAGAGGGAAACGGACAAAAGGAAGAGCAAUGGCUGAGCCAGAGCCUGGCCGUUUGUGCCUUUGGCUCUUAGCAGUCACUUCAGGGUUUAGAAGGUCUAGCAGUGCUGACUGCUGUGCUGCAGUGUAUUAAGCAUAGUCAGUCUGGAAUGUAUCUACCAACUUAUAAGUUGUUCAAGUCAGUUCUGAGCUCAAGUGACUUUUUCUGAAGGAGCCUUAAGUAAAUGACUGUGGAAAGGACCUAAUGCUGUGAAAGAUACUUUAGCUUCUGGGAAAGGACAACUGGAAAGCCAGGGAGGGAAAAACAAAACAAAAAUCAGAACAGCCCAAGAUCAUACCAAAGUGCAUGCCCUUAUGCCUCAUAUCAAAGACAUAGUACUAACCAGGAUUUUUUUUUUCAGAUAUGUUUUCUUUCUUUUUU